CUAUUCCCAUUCCCAUUCCAGUUGGUAAGAAAAAGUAAAAAGUUAGCGCUGCUGGGGUAAAAGUGAACAAUAAUUUAAUUACAAACUGGAUUAACGUGCUCGGCUAGUGUGAAAAUUUUUGGAGCGUAACUAAGGCUCAAGACAUCAACCCGAAACCAUGUCCGACGACUUCGAUGGCUGCGAGUGCGUCUGGUCGCAGGAAUAUGCGAUGCAGCGGCUUAUCAACUUCAUUCGCCAGAACCAGAACGCCUGCACAGACACAGAGUGCUUUGAUGUCACCGGACGCACUUCGCAGCAGGCGCAGGUCGCGGGUCGCGGCGAUGGCAGCGGCUUCUCCGUCGCCAUGAUCUUCUUGAUCGUGGCCAUGUUCAUGUACAUACUGAAUCCAAGUACCUGGGGCCACUUCACCAGCAACAAGCGGGCCGGCGGCCGACGUGACAACAACCAGGACGGCUCUCCGCCGCCACCGCAGCCUCCUCCACCGGCCAUAAACUAGAUGGAUUCGUGGAACCCUGCUUCUGCCAAACCUGAGCUUCUUCAACACAAUUCGCAAUAUGCAUUUCCUUGUUUUGUUAUUUCCUCCGCAAAUGAGAAAGUAAAUUGUUCACUACAACAUGAUGACGGAAGGAACCAGGGCAAUCCGGUUGGUGACAUCCUUUCGCACGACUACACAGAUUAGAUAAAUUAUACAUCCCUUACAUUGUACAAAACACGAAAGCACACUUUAAAACACCGGCUUAUUAACAUAUUUGGACAUUUUUAAAACACUUUGAAACUAGA